AUGUCUGUCCAGGCCAAAGCCUCUAUUGCGUGUGUAGUUUGUCGCACGAAGAAGGUCAAGUGCUCAGGCACCUUCCCCUGCACCUACUGUCUCAAACGGCGACUCGAAUGCAGCCCCCCUAAAAAAGCCCAGAAGAGACUCUACUCGGUUGAACAUAUUGAGAACCUACAAAACCGAUUGGCACAAUAUGAAAACGCCCGACUGCCUUCCAGCUCUAGUCCGCCAGAAUACGACGCACGUCAGUUUAGUACAAGCGACAAUAGGGCCUUGCCUGAUGGGGAAGAGCCAAGAUGCCAUCUAUCCCCAGCACCACUAGGAGAACGAGGGAGUACUCUGACUUCAAAUGACCAUGGACCACUCAAUGAGCUAUCAUCAGCACCUUCCGCUAUAACUGCCGAUGCCUCCAUGAGCUCCAGUCAUAUAUUUGGGGCACGAGUCCACGAUCUGCUGCGUCAAAGUCCUGUUUAUUCCGCUGCAAAUCCGCAAUCACCCACACCCAUGAGCACCACAAUCCCCGCGGCGGCACGAGAUCUGAUUCAGAGUUGGCAUAAUGCGCAAAGCCUAUUGUUGGCAACUCCUAACCUACCGAGCAGAGAGCAUGCGUUACAGCUCUUGCACUCUGUGGACUUUUACAUUGGCAGGACCCAACAGCAUUUCGAUGUCCGCGAAGUCUCAGACCAUAUAGACAUCUUGUUUGAUGGUGACCUCUCUUUGUCUCCGACGCCGAAGCUCUGGUACCUUAAGAUCAUCCUUGUCUUCGCUAUUGGGAAACUUUAUGAAGGUGAAUUUGGAGAUGAAAGCUUUCCAGGAGAAGGACACUUCAAGUACGCCCAGGAUCUACUUCCAAGCCUGAGCGAGCUUUAUGCUUCCAAGAGACAUGGCGUUGAGGUUCUCAGUCUCAUGGCUAUUUACCUUCAGAGUGCCAACAGAAGGGAAGAGGCUUAUUUAUACAUCAAUUCAGCGCUACGAAUUGCUGUGGCACAUGGUUUUCACCGCAGUAAUAGCAUGAAGGGGUAUAUAAGGUCUGAAAGGGCCCAUUUAAACCGUCUUUGGUGGACAAUAUACAUGCAAGAAAAGCGACUGGCUGCUGCUACUGGAAACCCUUCUAGCGUGACUCACGAUUCAAUUGAGCUGGACAUGCCUGCAGAUGCAUUUGGAUUUCCACCUGCGUUUCCAAUAUGCUUGAAUAUUCGAACUGCCCAUAUUACAGGGCGAAUACUUCAUACAUUAUAUGGACAGAAACCACAAUUCGGUUCAGAAUUCAUCCAGAGUGUCCAGUCGGUCAUCCAGGAGCUGCACGAGAUUUCGGAAGAGAUCUCAGCAGAGCUUCCGCUGGACUUCAAACAUGGCACCCAAAGUCGGACCUCAAAACUGUCAAUGAGAGCGGCAUCCACCCUUCAUGUCAUGCUCUACCAGGCCAUCAUGCUCACUAUUCGACCGAUCAUGCUCCAUGCUGCGCGACUUAUACUGACAGGAGACGAGACAAUCCGCCCCUCGCUCUGUAGCUCGUCUCUCGGCCGACUAUCCCGGACAUGCACGGAAUCCGCAAGAAAACUGCUCGACAUAACCCUGUUGCUGAAGAGAGAAAAGAGCAUACCUAUAUUCGGAUUCUUCGACAUUGAUGCCACCUUCUCGGCUGCCUUCGUCAUGAUCCUGACCGCAAUAUUAAACACGGCCUGUGAGAAAAAUCGGGUACUUGUUCCAUCUCCGGGGCUGGGCGAGGCUGUUGAGAUUCUGCGCUAUCUUUCAGACGGUGGAAACCUUUCUGCUGCUGAGAGAGUUUCAGAAAUCGAACAUAUCUGGACACGAUUGCACUUGGGUCCAACCGAUAACAGGCCAGGAGCCAUUCCAACCUCAGAUUCAGGCUAUUCUUCAGCCCGACCAAGUUCGGAUUCACAGGGAUUAUCAGCCCUUGGCGAAAGAGCACAAAAGGUGCAGCAGCAACAACGAUAUCCGACCCCCAACUGUGGGCAACCCUCAAUGGGUGUCUCAAGACAGGCACCCGUAUCCCAUAACCAAUAUAGUAGUUCUAGUCAUCCAUCUCGAGAUGACGUCGGGGCCCUUCCUACUUGGACCCAUCAGGACGUAGUGAAUGGCGACGGUAGUAGUGUCCAUGAAUUCUUGCUCGGGGAUUUGCUUGUAGACGACACUAACGAGCAGUAUCAUGCAUUGCUCAACAAUGCUCAGUGCGCCCUAACAGGCCAGGACUCCAUCGAUUUUGCAGAGCUGGAGAAGUGGCUUCCGGGACUUGGGGAAUAA